GGGGAAUUAUGCAGUGAUCAUUGUCAAAAAUAUAUCACCUUUGAGGUCAUCAUGAGGGCAGAACUAACCUGUUUGAGUGAACUGUAGUAGUUUUGUUUACAAUAUUCUACAUGUUUACCUACAGUUUAUUAAUUUUUGAAUUGAUCAAGGUUAAAGAGGCUGUGGAAUUAGAUUGAUAUCAGUCUUCAUUGUUUUUAUGAUUUCAUUCAAUUAAUUUCAAUAAUGACUAAAAAGGUGUUUUAUUUCUACAACCCAGAUGUUGGAAACUUUCAUUACGGGUCAGGACAUCCUAUGAAACCUCACCGUCUGUCUGUGAUACACAGUUUAGUACUAAAUUAUGGUCUUCAUAAAAAAAUGCAAAUUUAUAGACCUUAUAGGGCUAGUGCUCAUGAUAUGUGUAGAUUUCAUUCUGAUGAAUACAUUGAAUUUUUGCAAAGAGUAACCCCCCAAAAUCUCCAAGGUUUUACAAAGUACCUGACUCAUUUUAAUGUUGGAGAUGACUGUCCUGUCUUUGAAGGACUUUUCGAUUUUUGUUCUAUGUACACUGGUGCUUCUUUGGAAGGAGCUACAAAAUUGAACCACAAAUGUUGUGAUAUAGCUAUCAAUUGGUCUGGUGGUCUACAUCAUGCAAAAAAAUUCGAAGCUUCAGGAUUUUGUUAUGUUAAUGAUAUUGUUAUAGCUAUUCUUGAACUUCUCAAAUAUUAUGCAAGAGUUCUCUAUAUUGAUAUUGAUGUACAUCAUGGUGAUGGUGUUCAAGAAGCUUUCUAUUUAACUGACCGGGUCAUGACAGUUUCUUUUCAUAAAUAUGGCAGCUAUUUCUUUCCUGGCACUGGUGACAUGUAUGAAAUAGGUGCUGAUAGUGGAAAAUAUUAUUCUGUUAAUGUUCCAUUGAAAGAAGGUAUUGACGAUUCAAGUUACCUUCAGGUCUUUAAACCAGUUAUUCAGUAUGUCAUGGAAUUUUUUCAACCUACAGCUAUUGUACUGCAAUGUGGUGCUGACUCAUUGGACAAUGAUAGACUUGGACGAUUUAGUUUGAGUACGAAAGGGCAUGGGGAGUGUGUUAAGUUUGUCAGAGACUUCAACAUUCCAUUAUUAGCCGUUGGUGGUGGUGGGUACACUUUACGUAAUGUGGCUCGUUGUUGGACUUAUGAGACUUCACUUCUUGUUGAAGAGGAAAUUAGCAAUGAACUUCCAUACACGGAAUACCUUGAAUAUUUUUUUCCUGAUUUCACAUUGCAUCCAGAAGUGAUAGCUAGGCAAGAGAAUGCAAAUACAAAAUAUUAUUUAGAUGCCAUCACACGUCAUGUUUAUGAUAAUUUAAAAAUGAUUCAGCAUUCUCCAAGUGUUCAAAUGCAAGAUGUACCUGGGGAUAUGAUUCCUUCUGAUGAUUCUGCUAUGAUGGAUGAUUUGGAUCCAGAUGUAAGAGUGUCCCAAAUAGAGGAAGAUCGCCGUGUAGAACCUCCAAACGAGUUUUAUAAUGGUGAUAAAGAUCAGGAUAAACCAUCUGAUGCAGCCACAUAACCCAAGUAGAAAACAAUGUAAAUACUUAAUAAAUAUUUGUAAUUAUGUACAUAUUUGCAGUAAAAUUUUGUAUUUGGCCAAUUGAAAAUCUAAAAAUCAGAUUAAAGUUCUGUAUAUAAAUUGUAAGUAUCAGUAUGUUUCUCUGAUAGUUUGUAAUUGUUUAUAUACAUAUUUUGUUUAUUUUUUAUUUACAAUCGGUAAUUAGCUUUAAUUAUUUUAUUGGUUAUUUUUGUAUUACCUUUUAGUAACUUAAACUUUAUGACAUAAAAUAUUUUAUCAUAUUGAUAUUAUUGUGUUAAUUCUUAAACUAUGUUUUGCUAUAUCUAUUAUGGCCAAAACAUGAACUAGAAAACUAUCAGAAAUAUGUAUUCCUACAAUACUUACAAAGCGCUAAACCUAAAGCUCUACCUUCUAAUAAUAUUUUCUACUAUAUUCAUGAAUUUGAACAAUAUGUAAGUACUUUUUCUCCUAAUUUUUAAUUUAUGAUUUUACUUAAUUGUUAAUGUUUGAUUCAUAAGAAAAAUAAUGGCUUUUUCACCUACGACUGUAACCAUUAUUAUCAAAUUUAUAUAAGAGGGUGGUCUGAAAAGUUUCUGACCUAACAAAAAUACUAGACAUUUUCUUUUUAUUUGUCAACAUAGUCUCCUUGCAACUCUACACACUUCUCCCAGCGAUGCUCUCAUCUCUGUAACCCAUCCAAAAAGUACUCGGCGUUUUUCUCUGCAAAAUAAUUGUUUACGAAGAUGAUUGCCUCUUCAUUUGAUGAAAAUCUCUGUCCUCCGAGCUCAAUUUUUAGAUAACAGAACAAAAAGAAGUCAUUUGGGACUAGAUCUGGUGAGUAAGGCGGAUGGUCAAGCAGUUGAAACCGUAAUUUAUGGAUUUUCGCCAUGGCAAGACAGUGUGUUGUCUUGGUGAAACAGAAUUUAUUUUUUUCUGAUAAUGUGUCCAUUUUUCUGCAAGUUCUGCCUUCAGUUUGUCAAGUAAUGAUGCAUAGUAUGCUCCUGCAAUUGUUUUUCCUUUUUGAAGAUAUUCCAUGACUAUUCCAAAAAACAGUCGCCAUCACUUUCCCAGCCGACAAAACAGUGUAUCAAAGAUUGAUCUGAAGUAAUUAAUUGGUGCCAAAACUCGGAUUUAUUGGGCUAACCGAGCGUUGGAAAUGUUCAUUCAAACAUAUUUUUGGUCUAAUGUGAGCAAACGCUGGACCCAACGUGUUGACAGUUUUCUCAUAUCUAAAUGUUGAUUUAAUAUGUAACAAACACGUUCUUUUGGCAUGUUCAUAACCUCUGCGCGUCCAAAGUGGCUAAAACUUUGGUGUUUAACUGUCAACAGAUGAACAAUGAAAUUCACUUGCUUUUAUUUAUGAGUGCUGCCAUCUUUACGUUGCUGUCGGAAUCUUUUCAGACCAGCCUCAUAGAUUUUUCAUUUGUAAAAUUUAAUAAAAUACAUUUUAAUUUAGAAUAUCUUAUGGAAGUUAAUAUAGGUAAUUUUAGGCCUAGAUAGAUUAAAAAAGCUGACUCAAUUUUUAAUAAUUUAUAUUUACUGUUCUACAAAUUAAUAUUUAUUUUUUUGAAAAAAAAAUCAAAUAUACAUUGCAUAAUUGUAUCUCCAGUUUAUUUAUCAUUGAAAAAAAAAUUAAAUGUUAACAGGUUAAUUGUUAAAGAGGCACUUACGGAGUUACCAGAAUAGUCAGUCUCUUCAGUUCAGAUUUGUUGAGGAAAUUCAUGGUGUUAUUGUAUAUUUAUGUAUUUAUUUAACUUUACUUGUACAAAUUUACUUAUAUUAUUUUGUGAAUUAAUGCAUUGUGAAGUUUUGUUUUAUUGUGAGACAUGUAUACCAAACAUCUUUUUCCUUCAAAGAACAAUAAAGAGGAAGUCAGUAGACUGAUUGUUCAGAAUAGUCUAUUACUUUUAGUCUUAGGUUUACUUGUAAACUUAUUAUUACAUUUUGAAUCCUAUUGUUUCUAUUAUCAAAUCUUUUCAGUAUUUGGUGUGUAUCUACCCCUAAUAAUUAAGUUAUUUUGAAAAUAGGAAUAUCAAUCUACUCCUAAUAUUCAUAUAGUUUUUUUUUUUUUCUUUUUGAUUCAGCUAUUUUAAAUCUUACAAUUCUUUUUUUUUUUUAUUGUAUUUAUUAUUACAAUGUAAUAUAAGCUUGUUUUGCUGUAGUUUCUUACCUCAGUGAAGUUUUGGUUCAAUUGUUUAUCG